AUGCCCAACAACUGGAUUGUUAUUCUGCUGUUUUCUUCCGUAACAGCUCAGUACUACGGUGGUUACUAUGGAAGAUACGGGUGGGGCACACCCAUGACUGUUGAUCCUUACAAUGCCGCAAAUGCGUACGCCUUGAGAGGAAUGGUUGUCGAUCCAGCCGUCAGUGGAGUGUGUGCCGACACGAAUAUGCAGUGCCCCGUUUGGGCGAGUACAGGCCAAUGCGCAACGAAUCCAUUGGUGAUGCGUCGAAUGUGUGCAUUGUCAUGUGGUACCUGUGGUAUUGGCCUGGAAUACGGCAUGGGUGCAGGCCUGGUUUACACCACUUUACCCUUUGAAGGAGCGCCGGGACUCGGAUAUGGACUAGGAACUGGUCUUGGAGCUGCUGGACUCGGAUAUGGUGGAAUGGGUUUGAAUCCGUUGGCUGCUCCGCUACUUGGCAGGAGUAUCUACGAACAAGAAGUUGAUAUUUGGGAAGAACUGGCCGAAUUAAGGUACCGAUCUCUAUUGUGUAUAAAUGAUUACUCGGUUCAAGUAGUGAAACUGUUCGUUUUAUGUGAGUUCUUCAAACCAGUCAAGCUCAACAGUUUGGUGCUUGAGGAGCAGUACCGUACUCACAAAAAUAUGCUACUGUAUCUUAUUUACGUCAUUAGUAUGUUGCUUGUUAUUGCGGAUACCAGGCAAGCUUUUCCACCUGUUACCAUUCUAGCCGAUAUAAAUAUUGAUUAUAUAACGAAUUUCGACUUCACCCGGCAAACAUUCGAUAUGAUAGUUGAUGUCGAUCGUCAGUUGAAAGACAAUCGCUUCGCUCCGAAUUUUAACAACUACACAGUGAAAGAGAUAUUUCGCGAGAUACGGUUUGAUGACGUUGAAAGCCAAUUCAUCGGCGACGUCGAGUACAUUUUCAAAGGUUCCAAUGUGACAGGAAUCAGAACAAGUAACCCAUGCAUGCUUGGCAAUUCGUUUUGUGUUCACUCGUUCAUUGUGCUUGGUGUUCUAUCGCUUCUACAUGCCAUCAUCGAUGGCUCUGUUCUUAUCAUGGUUGUCAUUCUACGUCAGUAG